AUUGAUCAAAGACCAUCCUCCUUCCUUUUGUCUUUUCUUCAGUUUGUUAACUUCUCCAAAAGCCGCGUGGACUUCGCGCGAGUCGCUCAAACGUUUCGGCAGACCUCUGUUUCACUUCGUGGAAUUUAGUCGCAUCCGGUCAGACCCAGUCCACGGAGAAGAGGAGACCUUUCGCCUUGUUUUCUUAGGAUUCUUGUUUCAUGGAGACUCUGUGGGAAUCGUUUAUGUUCAUCAACGCAGCGAGGUCUGGAGUCAUUUCAAUGCACUAUCAAAGCAAAGUGACCAUAUGAUGAGCAGCCAGUCCAUUCAGAGCCAUGUGGAGCCAUUGUUUGGAGGGAAGAUGCCAUUGGCUGACAGGACUAUAUCGUCAAAACCUAAAACCAUGUCAGAUUUAAGGAGUAAGCAGACUUUGCAGUAUAGUGAGGCCUGUUUCCCUUGUGACCGGAGAGAAAAGGAAGUAGCAGGGUUCACUCCUCCUUGGACCAACUUAAAGGCCCCUCUGCUCGAUGUCAGAAAUCCUGUGAGUCACCUCUCUGGCAUGGGAGGACAAAACCACAUCAUUUACAGGCAAGACAGCAGUUCUUCAGAUGAAGGUCAUUCUAGCUCUCUGCAUCAUGCUGCAGUAAAACAGGGUUUCACAUUAUACACUAAUAGCCCUGGGAUGAGCAGUCCUGCAGCUGCUACAUCAGUGUCUGGCAGAAAACACAAAAAUGGAGGCGAGAGUUUAUCGCCUCCAUCUGAAAAGACUGUCUACUUAGCAAUUCCUAAGCCAGUUUAUGGACUAAACCCUUGCUGUAGAGAUUUGGGUUGUGUGAUAGGACAUCGGUAUGGUGUGGAACAUGGCUCUGCGAGGAUACCAAGUGCUGUAUAUGAGCAUGAGUGGCUGCAAAAUGAUGCACGCUACACUGAAAGAGGAAAAGCACAAGAUGCUCUGCUACAGCAGAGAGGUUUACAGUUUGAGUCCAGUGCAGAAGCAUUGAAGAGGAUAUCAGUGGGGACAUACAGCCCGGGAAGAGCGAGGACUUUUCCUGCUGUGAUCGAUCCAAACUACACCUACCCCUUCACCCUGCCGCACACACUGUUUGGCUCUUUAAGAGAGCAGAGCCAGCGUUUACAGACUUCUCCCAGAGGCUACCCCAGCUUCUACCCCUCCCACCCUACAUAUGAGCAUAUGACCUCAGAGGUUUAUCAGGAACAUUCUCCCAUGUCCAAAUAUGGCCGUCUAACACAGCACCCGAUGUUUUACUACCCCCAGGCAAAUGUGGAGGUAGAAAACAGGACACAGUGUAAAGAUAUUUGCAGUAAGCAGAGAGAAGAUGUCCCUGUUAUUCUUAAAAACUCCAUCUCCAACCACAGAGAGCAUUACAUGGUGCCCCAGUUGCUUCACGGUGAAAUUCCUCGGCCUUUGUCUGAGGAAACUUUGCAUAAUCAUUCCUUCAUGCGAGGUUCUGACCAUCAAGCUUUUGCACCUCCUGGAUUACACUCAAAUUCAGCCCAGAUAAGGGAGCUCUUGAGCUCUGGCCGCAUUAAUGUUUCCCCAAAAAAACCAUACGUAUAUCAUCCAGGAACUUCCGCAGCCAACCUACAUAAGGAUAAACUCAGCACGGGCCUACCACAAACCCAUUCACCAUUCCGUCAUGUGGAUCAAACCAGUCCUCCCAGGCGCACAAGCCAACCCGGCAUCUCGCCAUCCAGUGUUCCAGUUAAUAGAUUUAUCCCCCCACUUACAAGCCUGCACUUACAUCGCCCCAUCCUUCCACCGACAGCCUUAAACUCUGACAAACUUCGGGACCAUUCCUCCUUUGAAUCUCAGGUUACGUGUCCAAGGCAGGCCAGAGGAAUUCCUGUUCCCCCAGGGGUGUGGCUGCCCCAGUCUCCCCCUCACAGCUCAGGUCGAAUCCACACACCAUUACCAGGUAGUGUACAAGUCCCAAAAAUAAUUUACUCCCCAGCAGUUACUCCAGGAAAGAAAGAAAAACACCCCAUGCCCAGCCCAAGCUCUGCUGUUCAAAAAGGAUGCCUAAAGAGAAGUUUUUCUCACUCAUCUUCUCCUGCCAAAAUAAAAGAAGAGGAUAGGGAAUUAUGUGAGGUGGAACUCUUGAAAAAGAGACAAAAGAUGAAAAUGGAGAACUUACGGGAAAAAAAUGAAAAUGACCCUCCUCUCAUGCCGGUUAUUGACAAUGUCUUCAGUCUGGCAUCUUACCAAGCAUACCUGCAGGCCCCUGGACUGUUAUUUCCCGGCAGAGUCUCUCAGCGUAUCCCACAGCAGUCUGAGCACCGGGAGGUCAAAUGCAGGCCAGACAUCAAAGAGAAAAAGCCAAGUCAGGAUGAACAGCAGCCUGCUGUCUGUCUAGUUUCCAAAGAAGCCCGUGCAGAUUCUCAAAAAGGGAGCGUAGAAACAUUUGAACUUAAAACCAUCAAAGUGGAAAAAGUAGAUCCAUCAGACACAGACAACUCUGCAGAAGCUUGUGUCAGUCCAAGAGACUGCAGGCAUGUAACAAUUAAGAAAGAGCCAGAAGAUGCUGGUUCAUCCAACAGGGAGGCUAUGUUGGUGAUUAAGAAAGUCAAUCCUGAUAAACUUGAAGGAAAACCCUCACUGGAGGAGCAAAAAGAGACCUCUGAUGAAUCCAGUCAGAGUGAAGCAACUGCACAGAUAAAGACAUCUGAUCAGAGGGAUGCAUCAAAAAUGCAGGAACAGGUGGUCACCAUUCAGCCUACACCCAACACUUCACCUCAGCUCGAAAAUGGAGACAAAUUCAAAAACAUUCCUCCCCAGUGUCUGAAACUUUCCAAUUACAAAAUCGUUUUCCACAGUACAAACCAUUCUAGCCCUGUUCUGCCUCCACAAAAGUUAGCCGUACAACCAAUUUCUGAAUUUGUACCAAAAUCUGAGCCCCAAACACCUGUCCGCAAGCACUUCUUUGAGAUGCACCAGUCUCUCUGCAAGCUCAUAUCCAGAUCAGUGCUGGCUUCUUCAAUGCAGGACCUCAAAGCCUGGUUGUCUCAGCUGGACCUGAGCAGACCAGUGUCUCCUCCUACAAAAGUCAAAAAGGUGUCCUGUUUGUUUGGGGAAAAGGCCAGAGAGACCUGGCUUAAUGACGACAUAAAGCUGGCCCUGCAUAAACUCCUGGAGAGGCUGGGGGAGUACAUGGCUCAGGAACGCUGUCCCUUUCCUCACGUCAUGCGGACGGGUGCCGUGUUCCUCCCCAUGCUGGUGGUGAAGGAGCUGCUGUUUCCAACGGUACAGGGCAGCUUCAUUGACCAGGUUCUGCAGGAGCACAAAGUGGAGUUGCGUCCCACCACGCUGUCAGAAGAGAAAAUCCUGAUCCAGCUUCACAAAAGAGCCUGUUCAUCCAGGCUCAGGAGACUGAUGUCACUCAAACACCUACCUGACAUCUACGCCGACGUGGUCAGCCUGAUGUACUACACUUGUGUCUGUAAACACCUAGAAUCAUCCUCACCUGAUGGCCAAAAGAAAGUACAGGAUUAGAUCUGGCCAAUCCUGCCAACAGAGACAAAGAUGAAGAAACUAUCAGCUGCACGACUCCGGUGUUAUCAGACAUCAUGGCGUCACCAGCCUCACCCACAGAGUUGCAGAGACACCCAAAUGACCAAGAAGUGAAUAGAAAAGGCAGGGUGAAGACCAGCUCGAGGCGCAUGUUCCUUGACAGCAGUCUGUCAGAUGAGGAGGAGGCAGAUAGCACAGAAAAGACUGUGAGGGGAGGGGACUUCAAUCCAGCUGCAGAGCUGGAAUCCUCAGUAAGCAUAAUAAGCACAUCUUCUAAGAAUUCAUGGAUGUGCCCAUUAACCUUGGAUGAACUUUCCUCGUGUCCAAGUGAUGCUGAAAUAGAUGAUUCCUCCAUUCCUGAUACUCAGUACUCUCCACCAGCUAAAUCUGUGGUCAGAUCCAAAAGAUAUUCAGGCAUGAUUCUCAAACUGAGACGGACGUUUAGCAAAGAUCUAAACAGAAAAGCGGCCAGCUACCAGGCCAUCUCAGACUCAGGGACACUUGUUGAUCCUACCCAAACUGAUGAUAUGAACAGCGAGAUGGAGCUUCACCGACAGACUCCUAAGAAGUGGCAGAGAACAGGAAAAUUCUGCCAUGCCUUAAGACCCCUCAGCUCUUCUAAAAGGAAACGCAGCCCACUCUUAAAGAUCAAAUAUUGCCCGUACCUGUCUGCCUGCCACAGCGCUGAACACAGGAGGCGAUGGGUGCUGCGCUCAGCAGUUCAGAGGGCGCACAGGGCCAUGAAGUUCUACUACCCAGACCUGGUGGGAAAAAGGAUUCGCCAUCUGUAUGAAGAAGAUGACAAAUCAGAAGUGUGGUACAGAGGUGAGGUGCUGCGUAUCCAUGAGGCCCACACCAACCCUCUGAAGACAAUAUUUGAGGUGAGGUACGAUAGUGAGCCAGAAUGGAAGUACUACCUGGAGCUGCUGAUAGACUAUAAAAAAGGCUGGCUCAAAAUCGAGGAUAAGUCUCCCCAUGUGAACAUCUAGGCAUUUGUUUUUGGUUACAGCACCGUAUUUGUCGGUUAAUCCUGUUUCACUUGGCAAUGACAGCCCAAAACAUCUUUCUUGCCUCCUUAGGAAUGAAGUCAGACUGGAUGUGUUUUUGUGUUGAGGUCACGUUCUCCGUCACCUGAGAGCUAUGAGGUGCAGUUAAGGGAACGACUUGAGUCAACAUGCAGCAUCCUGUAGAUAAUUUCUAGUUAAGGCCUUAUCAUCUUUGACAUAUCAAACAAUGGCAUUUCUAGUGUUUGCAGUUAUUAAAUUGUGCUUAUGUAAGGGAAUGUCAUCUUUUUUUAUUCAAAUUUUAGAAAUUUUUAAAAGUUAUGGAAACCCUAAGCAGACAUGCAUCUGCAUAUUUUAUCUGCUCCAUUUUACAGUGAUAAUGAGUGACUUCCUGAUGUUUUCUCAAAAUUUCAACAGAUAAGAUAGAUAGGAUGAAAUAGCCUUAUUAGUGAUGGUCAUAGCGGCAGAUACAUGUGGUUGUUUUUCUGGAAUGGCCUUUGUGUAUUUAAAGUGUUAAUGAGUUUUGUUUUUUUUUACCAUGUUUUGCUGCUUAAGAUCUUUGUUGGUGCAUUUGUGAAUUUUUUUUGUGGCUGCUAUCUUGACAAGGUUUCUCCUUUUCAAAGGAAUUUUAAUUCUUAGUAAGACUUUCAGGUAAAACAACAGUACAUUAAACAAAGGGUAAAGAAGCCAUUGGUUUUGUGGUCUGGUCUGUAGCAGCUGCCAGCCUGUUGUUUGGUUUUUAUGGCUUAUUUAAUUUAAUUUAAUUUAAUAAGACAGAAUUUCUCAGAUGCCAGUCAGAUACAUCAUCCUGAAUGUACUCCACCUCAUUCUGACGUCUGACUUCUGAGAUAAAAUGGAACGCAGCAUUAGACCACAGGGAAAUGAUCAUGACAUUUGACGAUGAGAAUUUCAUCUGAUAAGUUUGGAAAAUCAGAGAUGUUAUCAUGCAGUUAAAAGAAAAACAACUAAUCAAGAAAACAGAAUAGAAAAAGAUCUUGAGAAAACAACAAGGAAUAAUUCAUAAGUAUGAAUUGAAUUGAAUUGAAUUGAAUUUUGCAAAUAUAGACUGUAUAUGAACACAGGCGUAGACUAAAUCAUUGGUUCCCAACAGGUCUUUGGACCCACCACAGGUUCCGUAAUGACACGUCAUGACCCAGAUUCUUGGUUUAUUUAUUUAUUUUUAUAAAGAAAUUGUGAUGUUUCUGAAAAAGUCUCAUAGAAUAUUUCUGAAAAUUUCUGGAAAAAAUACCAAAUAAAAUUCCAAAAUCUUUGAGAAAUUUUGCCAAAUUUAUUUGACAUUUUCAAGAAAGAUUGUUAAAAGUUUCUGGGAAAAGUUCUGAAUGUCCCUUGUCCCAUGUGAAAUUUUCUUAACUUUACAGGAGAAAGCUCAGAGGAGAGUACCUAAAGUUUCUGGGGAAAUGCCCCAAGACUUCUAGGAAGAACAAAUCCUAGGAAGACCUUAACUUUUAUUGGAAAAUUACCUUAAAAAUCAUUGAGAAAAAUGUCCUAAAAGUUUGAGAAAAUUCUUCUAAAAAAUUGGCAAAUCAGUUUUUAUUUUCAUCCUGCUGUCAAAAACUUGGAACAAAGCACUUAAAAGACUCUCAGACAAAUUUGUGACCCACUGAAAACAGCACCCUGACACACUUUUGGGUCACGGCCCACCAGUUGAGGACUACUGGUCUAAAUUAGACUAUAUUGGAAAUGCUGUCUCCAACAAGCUUUUGGCUUACCUAGUAAGAGGAGGUAAAGCUGAGGCGGACCUUAAGCCUACUGACAAACUGCUACAAUGCACCUGCCUGUAAGUCAGAUCAGCUGCACCACUUACUAUGAAUUACUCUUGUCCAAGUAGAUUGUUUUUCUUUAUUUUUGGAUUGAGUGUGCAUGUGACCUCCAAGGCUUUGGCAUCCACCCUCAAGUGGACACUGGUGGAAUUGCAGUUUUUGCACUUGACGUCAUUACCUUCAUUUUUUUUUUUUUUUUUUGGACAAAGGUUGAUUUUUGGAUGCAUGUCUGUGUAGGGCUUCUGUAAAAACAUCAUAUUUGUCAAACAGUGGGAGUCAUAUGUGUGUUUACAUUAGGUCAUUGCCAGUCGUGGUUGUCUUUAUGGAAAACAAUGACCCUGAUGAUUGUGUUACUGUGUGUAUCAGAUGUUGAGCAGAUAUGUUUGAAGAUCUCUGUGAAGCUGCUUCAAGUUUUUUAAGUCUGAGAUGUUCCUCUGCUGUUGUCAAUCGGUGUGAACUUCUCCAAUUUCAACAUGACCCUUGUUUUUGUAUAAUUUCUUGGCUUGUGUAUAUAAAAGUGUUAAAAUCA